GUGGGAUCUGGAGUUUGUGGGGGUGUUCACCACUUUCUGAAGAGUAUAAAACUACAGCACUUUCCCCACAGCAGUACAUCUAAUCACUGAAUCACAAGAGGUUCCUCAUCAAGAACUAUCUGCAGAACCUAAAGAAGAGCCAUUAUGGUUGGAGUGACUGAAAUGUCAUUGCUUUUUGUUCUUUUCAUGGCUACAUCAGCUUCUGGUCUGGUGAUUAAACCUGUAUCAGAGACUGAUUUCAAUGCAUUAGUUAAAGAACAAAUCAGUGAGCCACAAAAGAGAGUGGAUGCUGUGCAGCCAUGUGUGCCCAGCUGUCCGUUCGGCUGGGUGAAGUUUGAUGGACGCUGCUUCAACUACGUUUCCUGGUCUGUGGACUGGGCCUCUGCUGAGGCUCAUUGUUUAAAUCAGGGCGCUAACCUGGUCUCGAUACACAAUGAAAAUGAAUAUCAGACAGUGAAGGCUCUCAUCCGUGCUUAUGACCCCAAGGAGAAUCCCACAUGGCUCGGCCUCAACAACUGUCAGAAGAGGGAUAGCUGGUUCUGGUCUGAUGGGACCAAAUUUGGGUACAGAAAGUGGAAUAAAGAGGAACCCAAUCAUUUGAAUAACGAGUGCUGUGUGCACAUGAACUGGGGUGUUCAGAAGGACUGGAAUGAUAUUCCAUGUAAUCAACCGUAUCCCUUUGUCUGUGUCAAGAGGCUGAGAUGAAACACUGAACGUCAAGAAAAGUGUUCUCAUAACGACCGACACUGUUGAUCUGCCGUUUGUAAACUAGUAGAAAAUGACAUUCGUAUGAUCAUAAUGUAAAUUAAGACUAUUUUUAUUUGGAGUAUGUUUAUUAGAGCACAGCUGAGUGCAUUUUUUAUUUUUUCUCUCUUUGACAAUGUUAAAAACAGAUGUGCAGAGCUACAUCAGAGAUACUAUUCAAAAUAAAGCGUUUUAAAUAAAAACGUUUCUACAAGAUUCCCU